AUGCUAGCGGCUUUCCCUCCACCAGCUCAACCCUCGGUUCCGCGCCGUAGCUUCAGGCAGAGUGUGCGGGAAUCAGUGGGUCAAUCAUGGCCUCUGCCUGCCCGGUUCAGCACCAGCCGGUCACCGCCACAACAGCGCCCUCCUGACAACGAUGUGAACUCAUUCUCGGAGAUGAACCUGAACAACACCGAAAAGGGCACCCAGAAUGGCAAGAAAGAGGGCCGCAGAUGCUGUGGGCUGCCUAUGUGGGGGUUCAUCCUCCUCGUGCUCAUCAUUCUCAUCAUUGUUACAGCAGCCGUCGUGAUACCGGUCGAGUUCUUCGUCAUUCGUCGUCCGCAAAACAACGGAUCUUCUGGAACUCCUCAGUCGGCCAUAGCACAAUGUCAAGCUCAGCUUACGUGCGCCAAUGGUGGCAUCAACAUUGUAACGGCACAAGGCACCUGCUCGUGUAUCUGCACAAACGGCUUCACUGGCCAAACGUGCACUCAGCUGCUGACGCAAAGCUGUACAACCACUAACAUCGUUGACCAAAACCCCAACAUCGCUGCUCCGCAGAUUAACAACGUCACAUUGGGAGAUGCGAUACCUAGAAUUAUUGCAGUUUCGCAAGCAACGUUCGGUGUGCCUCUAUCGGUCUCGCAAAUCCUUGCCAAGUUUAAUACUGGCAAUUUGAGUUGCACAGCCGAGAACGCCUUGGUCACCUUCAACGGUCAGAGCCAAAAUCCCAAUGGUUCACCAGGAGGAGUAGCGAAUUUUGGAGUUGGCGACGAUGACCCGGCGGUCAAGGUGGAGUUUGUUACGGUGUUUGCGAAGAGACAGGUACACGGAUUUUCUACCGUUCUCACCGGGCCGACAACCUUCUCGACAUAUCUAGGCGGCUUACCAUCCAUCCUACCGACGACAACCAUCACUGUCACUACCACCAUCCGAGCUACACCAGUCCGGCCAACAACAAUGACGACGCCAACGACGACGCCGAAGACGACGCCGACGACGCCGCCGCCGCCGCCACAGCCAACCACUCCAAGUGCAUCGAGUCCACCCGCAAAUACGCCACAACCAUCAGCACCUGCUGUCCCUGCGGUACCGUCAUCUUCGUUUCCAGUGACGAACGAGGUGAUCGACUUUGCGCGCGUGGUAGUCCUCUUCAUCCUGCAGCAGGAGUCGCUGCAGACUGCCGAGCAGGCUCAAAUUGACCUCCAGCGCUUCUUCACAGCGGCUGGAGGCAAGGCGGGCACUCCGGGAGUGACAAUCGAGCAGGCGCGGAACGUGACACUCCAGAACGGCAACUCUGCCAACCUGGUCGAUUUUGCUGUCGACCUAGGCACAGGCCUCGUGGGCAGGGGAGCAAGUCCAACCUCUGGUAAUGCAGUCGUCGCCAGGAGUCUGAACGAGGCUGCCAUGGCGCACCAGCCGCGGGCCCUGCCCGCGUGCAAGGAGAGUCUGCAGCCAGCAUUCUUGCGAUUGUUCAGGCGGUGA